UGUUCAUUGAACUGAUAAGCAGAUAUGCAAUCUAUCCUUUAGUGAGAGAGACAUAAAAAGUGCAUGAAAAAGGUAGAAAAGUUAAUAAAUUUAUACAUGCACAGAAUAAUAUCCAGGAGGGGGAAUAGAACAACAGAAAGUGGAAAAACAAUUCUUUUUUAAUAGAAAAUAGGUUUUAUAUAAACUAAUUAAAAUUAUAUAAAGUAGGAGCAAAUAUUUGUGACAAUUAAAACACAUAAGUAUAUUCUGUGAAUACCCACAAAAGUGAAAAAAGUGUAAAGAGAGAAUAUUCUUCCUUUUCUGGGUGUUAGUGAGAUAGCCAAUGAAAGGAUUACUUUUUCUCUUUUUCACAAAUCAAGUCUUCGGGAUAGUAGAGUCAUCAAUCAUCCAAAUGUGGGAUCUAGGCAGAAAAUGAAGCUAAAAGAUGUCUGAAUUCUGAGAACUGGAAAGGACGGAGAUUGCAUUUCAUGGAAGUCAGCACCAUCUCCAGAACUGGGUGUGAAAAAAUAUGAACAGGCUAGUGAUAGGAUAAGGGAAAAUUUGUUAUCACUUUUUGCUACUCAGUUAUUAGUUAUAAAAACAGAGGGCUUCUAUACAUCAUAAAAUACAGUCAGAAGUUUAGAGUCAGGCAUAUACAGGUUUAAAUGUCAGUUCUACCAAUUAAUAGCUUCAUGACCUGGUAGAGUUUUCUUAACCCCAUUUUUAUGAUGUGGAAACUGAGAACCAGGAAAUAAAAUAAUCUCUAGUUCCAAAAACUUGAGCCACUUUAUAGGAAUUAUCUAGCGAACACAUGGCCCCAAACUGAAGUUAAUUUCUUUUCUUCAUUUGACUACAGGGCAAGCCUAAAUGCUUUGUGCAAUUAUGGAUACGGGAUCGUGAAGGUGCCAUAAUGUUUUUCAUCUAAGUGAUAUCAUCUUGUUCCACAACUAUAGAGCUAUGUAAACCUAAGUGCAUGGCAGGUUGGAAUCAUACAGGUGUGAAGGAGUUCCUUCUGGUAGGAUUAACAGAAAAUCCAAAUUUGCAGCUCCCUCUCUUUUUGCUUUUUGCUCUCAUUUAUUGCGUCACUCUGGUAGGCAACUGGGGGAUGAUUGUUCCGAUUUGGUUAAGUGUUCGACUUCAUACUCCAAUGUACUUCUUCCUUAGCAACCUCUCUUUUUGUGACAUCUGCUACUCUACUGUCUUUGCUCCUAAGAUGCUGGUAAAUUUCUUAUCAGAGCACAAGUCCAGCACAUUUUCUGGCUGUGUACUACAGAGUUUCUUUUUUGCAGUGUAUACAACUACAGAGGGCAUCCUCCUGUCUAUGAUGGCUUAUGACCGCUAUGCGGUGAUAGUUAAUCCCUUGUUGUAUACAGUCAUCAUGACUCAAAGGGUUUGUAUUCAGAUGGUCCUUGUGUCUUACUUAGGUGGACUCAUUAAUUUCUUGACACACACGAUAGGUUUGCUCAAACUAGACUUCUGUGGUCCUAACAUUGUGAACCAUUAUUUCUGUGAUAUUCCUCCUCUUUUGAGACUCUCUUGCUCUGAUGUCCAUACCAAUGAGAUGCUGCUUUUGAUCUUCUCUGGGGUUAUUGCAAUGAUCACUUUCAUUAUCAUUAUGGUCUCUUAUGUCCGCAUCAUUAUUGCCAUCCAGAGAAUUCGUUCAGCUAAAGGAAGGCACAAAGCCUUCUCCACCUGUGCCUCACACCUGACUGCUGUGACCUUAUUCUAUGGCUCUGUGACUUUUAGCUACAUCCAGUCAAGCUCCCAAUAUUCACUGAAACAGGAGAAGGUCUCUGCUGUGUUUUAUACAUUGGUGAUUCCCAUGCUAAACCCACUGAUUUACAGCCUUAGGAAUAAGGAUGUGAAAGAUGCUGCAAAAGGUCAAUAUUGUGGAAGAUAAACCCCACUGGGCUGAAUCCCGUGCAUGUCUUUGCUAACCUGACAUUAACCAGCAAAGAGAUAGGAGACCUUUAAAAUUGUUUCAUAGAUAAAAUCACAAGAAAAAUACGAUCAAAGUAUUCUCAUGCAAUUUGAGGAGAAAGUGUUGAAUAUGGCAUGAAGAUUAAAAAUUAUUUUAAUUCCCCUUUCAUGGUUUUGGUGAUUAUUUAAUUUCCUCAAAAGCUGAUAAAUCUUUUUUUUUUUUUUCUAACUUCUUGUGCUAAACUCUGAAAGAUCUCACCAUGGAUUCAAAAGAAUCAGACAUUGCUGAGGUCUUAAAAGCUUAGAAGUGGCCAUCUAAGAUACACCUACUGGUUCCAUCCAGACAGGAGCAAAGGAGAAUGAAGAAAGUCAAAGACACAAGGAAAAUAUUAAUCUAAAGGACUAAUGGACCAUAAGUACCACGGCCUCCAUCAGCCUGAGCCCAGGAGAAUUACAUAGUACUGGGCUAUCAUCAUGAACUACUCUGACAGGGCUCACAGUAGAGGGUCCCAGACAGAGCAGUAGAAAAUGUAGAACAAAAUUCAAAUUCACAAAGUAAAAGACCAGACUUAUUGGUCUGUCAGAGACUGAAAGAACCCUCAAGAGUAUGGCCCCUGGCACCCUUUUAACUUAGACACUGAAGUCACUCCCAAAGUUCAUCCUUCAGCCAAAGAUUAGACAGGUCUAUGAAACAAUAACACACUUGAGGAGCGUGCUUCUUAAUUCAAACAUUUACGAGACCAAAAGGGCAACACCUGCCUAAAAAUAAUGAGAAGAAGGCUGGAAGGACAGGAAACAUAGAUGUAUGGAAAUGGCGAAUUGAGCUGUGGAAGGGGAGGGUGUUGACAUAUCAAGGGGACUGCAACCAAUGUCACAAAACAAGUCGUGUAUAAAUUGUUGAACGAGAAACUAAAUUUUGUCUGUAAAGUCUCACCUAAAGCACAAUUAAAAAUAAAUAAGACAUUAUCUCAAAUUAAAAAAGAAUAUUCUAGCACAGGGAUUUACCAAAUGUUAUCUCAGAGAAAAUUUGAAAUAUUCCCUUAGUCCCAUUCUCUAAGAUCACUCACACAAAUUGAUUUUAUUCUAAAAAUGUCACCAUUCAAGUAAAAAUAUAUCUUUGAUUUUUAUUUAAAUUUGCAUAUCUUAAUAGUAUCCUAUAAAAAUGGCUAUAGAAAACAACUCUUAUUAUUUAUAAAUUAUUUAUUCAGUGCGCUUCUAUUGAGUACCUUUAUUGUGCCAGUUACUCUGCGUGAUCUAAAUCUAGAGAGAUUUAAACUAUGGAUCAAAAGCUGUUAGAGGAAGGGGGGGCAUGGGAAAUGGGGAUGACUGUUUAAAGACAUGAAAAUUCAAGAGUUAUGUCUACUAUGAAAUGUUUAAACAAAAGUAGUAGAAAAUGACGAGUCAUUUAGAGGCAUGGGUGUGAAGGCCUUUGGAUACCAGGAUAACAUGCUUUAAAACUCUUUCAAUGCAUAGUAAGUGAAGACCUAAGUGAAAUAUACAUAGAAUUCUUCAGAAAAAUUCUCAUGAUGACACUGCUAUCAACGUAUUGGAAGGUUAGAAGUAUUUGGGAAAAUUACUUGGAAACUGUAAAAAAAAAUUACUCUGAGAAAGAUAAGUAUUACGGGUGAGCAAUAGACAGAAGACAAGUGAUUUAAAAGAGAGCUCAUGAAAAUCAUCAACAGGACUUGAAAAAUAAUUAGAUUUUUAUUUUUGAGAAAAAGAGUAUAUAAUGGACAGAAGAUUUUGAACUGUGUAACUAGGAAGAUAAAUUGGCUAAGGAGGAAAAAAGUGUUUAAAGGAUGGAGGAAGAGACACAGAGAGAAAAAUACCAGGUUCUCAAUCAAACCCUGGGAAGCCAAUACCCCAGAAACAGUAACAAGCCAGGAGAAAAAUGUGUUGUAAGUCUAAACAAUCAGAUUCCGGCUUUAUUAAUAACUGAAUUUUCAUGAUUAGCCCUCACCCUUUCUGACUACAGGGGAAAGUACACCCCUUCCCUGGUAAAAAGUAAUGUCAUUUUCAGUCUCUCUGAUGCUUAAGAGCCAGAAUGUAUAAUCAAAUGUCAAAGGGCACAAUAUACAGAGACCUGCAAAAAUUUACAUGUUGAAGUUAGCAAAGGGCUUUAAAAAUUACUGACUAAAACAUUAAAGAAAACAGAAAAAAAAUUGGAAAAUCGUGUGAGAAAUAUCUUAAGAGAGGAUUAAAUGAAUAAAAACAAAAUCAGCCAACAAACUGCGCUGGGACAACUGUAUCCCCACAUGCUAAGAAUGAGGAUGGACUUUACCUCAUGCCAUAUACAAAAAAUACUCAGAGUGAAUCAAUGGCCUGAAUAUAAGAAAAAAAAAAAACCAUGAAAUUCUUAGAUGAAAACUUAAGAAUAUAGCUUCAAUUAUAUGAUCCUGUUGAGAAAAAUAAACAGAAAAUAAAAUUUGCUAACAUGAACGGAUUAAAAAGAAAAAAAAACUUGUUUAAAUUAAUAAUAGUUAAAAGGUUACUACAUGCUGACAAAUUACAUUUUGUGGUUAAUAGUUUUUGAAAAAAAAAUUUCCCCUGAGAAUGGGAAUAAAACUAGAGGCCUCCUAUAAAUACUUUUUAUUAAACAUUGCUCUAAAAGUUCUAAAACAUGUAAUAUGUCAAGAAAAAAAAUUCUAUUUGAGAGUAUAAAGUAAAAUUGUCAUAAUUAUUAUUUUUUUUAAUUAGUUUUUACCAUGCUUUAAGUGAAAGUUUACAAAUCAGGUCAGUCUCUCAUACAGAAGUUUACAUACACCUUGCUAUACACUCCUAAUGAGAUAGCACAGUACUUCCCUCCACUCUCUCUCCUCGUGUACAUUCAGGUAGCUUCUGGCCACCUCUGCCCUCUCAUGUCCCCUCCAGACAGGAGAUGCCAUCAUAGUCUCAUGUGUCGACUUGAUCCAAAAAGCUUGUUCUUCACCAGUCUCACUUUCCAUCCACUAUUCCUGGCCAAUCCCUGUCUGAAGAGUUGGCUUUGGGAAUGGUUCCUGCCCUUGGAUAACAGAAGGUCUGGGGUCCAUGGCCUCCGGGGUUCCUCCAGUCCAAGUCUGACCAUUAAGUCUGGUCUUUUUAUGAGAAUUUGGGGUCUGCAUUCCACAGCUCUCCUUUUCCCUCAGGGUUUCUCGGUUGAGUUCCCUGUCAGGGCAGUCAUCUGCUGUGGCCAGGUACCAUCUAGCUCUUCUGAUCCCAGGCUAAUGUAGUCUCUGGUUUAUGUGGUCCUUUUAGUCUCUUAGACUCAUAAUUAUUUUGUGCCUUUGGUGUUCUUCACUCUUCCUUGUUCCAGGUGGAUUGAGACCAAUUGAUGCAUCUUAGAUGACUCCUUGCUAGCGUUUAAGACUGCAGACGUUGCUUUCCAAAGUGGGAUGCAGAAUGUUUUCUUAAAAGAUUUUAUUAUGCCAAUUGACUUAGAUGUCCCCUGAAAUCAUGGUCCUCAAACCCCCGCCCCUGCUGUGCUGGCAUUUGAAGUGUUCAGGUUUUUAAGGAAACUUCUUUGUUUUUGGUUUAGCCCAUUUGUGUUGACCUCUCCUGUAUUGUGUAUCAUCUGCCCCUUCAUCUAAAAUGAAAGUUAUCUACUAUCUAAUUAGUGAAUACCCCUCUUCCUCCCUCCCCGCUCUCGUAACCAUCAAAGGGUAUCUUCUUCUCUACUUAAACUGUUUCUCCAGUUCUUUUAAUAGUGGUCUUAUACAAUAUUUGCCGUUUUGCAAUUGACUGAUUUUACUCAACAUAAUGUCUUCCAGAUUUGUCCAUGUUAUGAAAUGUUUCAUGGAUUCAACAUUGUUCUUUAUCGAUGUGCAGUAUUGCAUUGUGCAAGUAUACCAUAGUUUAUCCAUUCAUCCGUUGAUGGGCACCUUGGUUGCUUCCAACUUUUUGCUAUUGUAAAGUGCUGCA